AUGCUUUGGUCAAUCGUCACAACGAUGAAAGUCCCUACUCCGUCUAGUUGGGAAUCAAAGCUGAAUGAACUAUAUAAGUCAACGAACAACAUAGUUUCCCACGACCAGGAUGACAUAAGAGUCGACGCUUCUGAGCUGGUCAUUCAGCAUGAGAAGCUGCCUAACAACCCUUUAAAGCCGGUUCCGAACAAACCCAUGCAAAUGCUGAAAGGGUCCGGAAAAUCUCCUAGAAGUGCCAAAAGAACAGCAGUUGAGGGCCAGCAGACAUUUUCGAUAAUAAGGGCGCCAAGGAAGUACUCGAUGUCAUGGUUUUCGAAGCACGCUAUAUAUUCGUUCAAUGAUCAAAUAGGAUCUCCAGAAGAUCGACUACAGAGGCUUCCAAGAGGGCCAACAACUAUUGUGGUUGUUCUGCGCAUACAUGCAUUUGUUGUGCGCGAAGGUCGUCAUCUGGAAUUUGAAUGGACGUUGCUUCCAUCCCAGAAACGCCUCACAAUCUUCAGGAGUAGCUGGGUUGAAGAUAAGCGUGUGCUUGUGGAAUGGCGGUUGCGAAACCUUACUGGGCGGGAAUUGGACCUCACAGACUGGAGACCAAAACACACAGAGAACACUACCAGGUACUCGUGUCGGGCUUCAUUGAGCUAUGGAAUCAUGAUGAUCCCGCAGCAGCCGAUCCUUUUCACAACCUGUCGGGUCAUGGUGAUGAAAAGAAACCCAGAAACUAAUUAUGAUUCUGAGACUGAUUUUGACAACUCGACAGCAGCCCGGCCUCUAAUGCCACUGGGAGGGGUGUACACGUACGGAACCUUUGACUAUCAAUAUCCUGGAUCCAUCAGCUAUCAGAUCAACAUCCUGGUCAACCAGCAUCAGUCCCGAUUGUCCAGUGUCGCAUUCGAAUCAGUUGUACAGAUGGGUAUGCAGAACCACGGGACUGACUUGAUUUGUAGCAUGAAUUUCAGCCCGACCUCUGAUGCCAUUGGAAAGGGUGUACAUAUACUAGCUUGUCCCCCAAAUAACCUACUUUUGGAGGCGAAGGCUCUUCUCGAUGAUACCCGCGUCACUGACGUCAUUAUCAUGGCGGCGAUCCCAGCAACAAUGUGUACCUUCAGCAUGACAGACUACAUUAUUACCAUUAACAAGAAAGUAACAAGCCUAAGCAGCACAAUAUCUCAAAUAUGGAUGUUGAAAUGGUCUGCAGCUGGAAGAGACCAAAGCAAUGCUACAGCACUAGCUGGUGUUCCUUUCGAGAACUGGACAUCCCCAGCUUAA